AGAUCCUUGAUGUUGUAUUCAGUGUGUGCACUGAAAUACACGUGGUGCUUUGCGUGAUUCUUCCACAUGAUUUUGAUGUGAGAAUGUUUCCCCGAUGGCCACUCUCAGGGGCACAGUUGAGGAACUACUGCCAGUGGAUAAGGAGCGCAAACAGCAUGCUGUGGGAACUGAGUCACCAUGUACCUUCUGUGAGAUACAUGGACUAUGGAGCAACUAAACAGAAGUCCCUGUACUUGUCCCAUGAUGGACUACAUCUGAGUGCUGAAGGGGCUAGGAGGUGUUUAGCAUCCAUACAGGACGACCUGCCAAACCAGCUGUGUGUGGAGGCUGCUGUUCAAGAUCCUACAGAAUGGCCAGCUCUCUCAGCCACGGAAGUACCGGUUCAGGAGCAUGACAGAACCAUAGCACUCUUUUCGGAUAUUGAGCAGACUGGAGCUCAACCAGAGACUCAAGACAAGGUGGAUGCAAGUGAAGUACCAGUUCCCAGGAACAUUAAGCCUCAGACACAUAAAAUAACGGUAACUUUUCUAUGCAUUUAAUCGUACAGAUAUUUUAUCAUUCUUAAUGAACAUUUAUAAAGUGAUUGCAAUCCAGUAUUGAUUGCUCAUAUGGCUUGUUACAGCCUAUAAAUUAAUGUUAUGUCAAGAGCCGUAAAG